UGUGUUUAUUAAGGUGUUUAUUAACGCACUUAAUGCUCCUUGCUGAUGCUUUUGUAAAUCUGCUUUUGUUGUGUGAGUUAUUGUUACCAUGGACAUGACCUAACCUUUGACCCUUAUGUUAGCCCUGACUCAAUGAAUGACCCAGGAGUGAAAUAUGAAGUGUAAUAUUCCUACAUUUUGAUUGGCAGCUGUGAGACCUGUUUAAAGCUGAAAUGAAUGUGUGUGUUUAUUUAUCCAGAGUGUGUCCUACUGCUCUUUAUAUUCCCAGCUACUGAAGUACUUCAUUAUCCUGAUGAAGAGAAACAAAGCGACAGAUAAUCAGGUUUUCAUGAACAUUUUGUCAUUCUGAACAGAUGUCACAGUUGUGACAGCCAACCUGUAAAGGUUCCUCUCAGAUCCUCCAGAGCGUGUUGUCUGGUGUUUCCUAACUUCACCUCACAGCAGAAGAAAACUUUCUAACCUCAGUGACCUGAACAGCCGUGCUCAUGCAGAGGUUAGUAUCCGUGAGGCGCUGCGUGAGGUGGAGCUGUGGGCUGCUUUAGCAUGUUUCUCUCUGACUGAGUACACCAACAGCACCGGCACUCACGUCAGCCUCAUUCGCGAGUGGAGAGACGUCAUGAAUCAGGUUGGAGAUAAUUGGUGUCUGCUGCAGUCUCUGAAGGACUCACCAUAUUAUCAGCGCUUCCACGACAAGGUGUCAUUGUGGGAGACUCGUCUCACUGAUCUCGAUGACUUCCUGCAGAGCCUCAACAGCAUCCAGAGGAAGUGGCUCUACCUUGAGCCCAUAUAUGGGCGUGGUGCAUUGCCGUGAGAACCGCAUUCACAGCGUGGACCACACGAGCGGGAAUGAGAAACGCUUUGAAUAGACUGCAGGAUCAGCUACAGCGCUGUCAGAAAUCCAUCAAUGAUUUCAUUGAGGAGAAACGUUCUGCUUUCCUCGUUUCUAUUUUAUCGGCGAUGACGACCUGCUGGAGAUACUGGGCCAAGCCACAAAUCCCACUGUUAUCCAGACACAUCUGAAGAAGCUGUUUGCAGGAAACACACGCACACACACACACACACACACACACACACACACGUGCACACACACACAGACACACACAAAUACAGACAGACACACACACAGACACACAGACACGCACACACACACACACACACACACACACACACACACACGCACACAGACACACACACAGACACACACACACACAGACACACACACACACAAACACACAGACACGCACACACACACACAAACACACACACGCGCACACAAACACAUACACGCGUGCACACACACACACGCACACACAAACGAACACACACGUACACAGACACACACACACAGACACACACACAGACACAGACACACACACACACGUGCACAGACACAGACACACACACACAGACACACACACACACACACACACACAAACACACACACACUAACAGAAACACACACACGCGUGCACACACACGCACGCACAUACACAGACGCACACACAGAUACACACACGCGCACACACACGCACACACACACAAACGAACACACACACACAGACAGACAGACACACAUAUAUACACACACACACAAACACAGACAGACAGACAGACAGACAAACACACACACACUUAUGCACUGAAGUUUUGUCUGGAAUGUUUGUGUGUGUGUCUGUGUGUGUCUGUGUGUGUGUGUGACUGUGUGUGUGUGUGUGUGUGUGUGUGUAGGAAUCCACAGUGUGGACUUUGAUUCAAGCUGCUGCAGAAUCACAGCCAUGAAGUCACUAGAAGAAGAGUCUGUCCCUCUGAGGAACACAAUCACCAUCUCUAAUGAUGUAGAGGUGUGGCUCGGUGAACUGUCCUCAGAAAUGAAGGAGACGUUGAAGUUCCUGUUGUGUGAGUGUGUGAAGGCAGUAAAGGGAGGUGGCGUUGACCCCAACCGCUUCACCUCACAGAUCCUAUGCCUGGCUGAACAGAUACAGUUUACACAGGAUGUAGAAAGCACCAUUCGUGAGCAGAACCUUCACCAACUGGAGCUGGAGCUCACAGCUAAACUAGAGCACUACACCGACACAAAUGCCCGCAUAGAGUCUACAGAGUCCAGUGUGCUUCAGUUGAAGCUGAAAGCUCUGAUCCUGGAUGUGAUCCACAACCUGUCGGUGGUGCGGGAGCUGCUGGAGGUUCAGGUUCACAGUGCAGAUGAUUGGGUGUGGAAGAAACAGCUGCGUUUCUACCUGAACACUGAUCAGUGCUGCACUGGACACAUGGUGGAUGCAGUGUUUAACUACACCUACGAAUACCAGGGUAACGCCCCUAAGCUAGUGCACACUCCUCUAACGGAUGGAGUGCUACCUUACGCUAACUCAGGCUAUGAGGAUGGGUUUAGGAGGAAACCCAUAUGGGCCAGCAGGAACCGGUAAAACCGAGUCUGUUAAAGCACUCGGAGGACCGCGGGGCAGACAGGUGCUGGUGUUCAACUGUGAUGAGAUGUCACAGUUGUCACAGUUGUGACAGCCAAGCUGUAAAGGUUCCUCUCAGAUCCUCCAGAGCGUGUGGCCUGGUGUUUCCUAACUUCACCUCACAGCAGAAGAAAACUUUCUAACCUCAGUUCCAUUGCAGGCAAUGACUGCCUGAAGUCUGGAGCCCAUGGACAUCACCAGAGACUGGGUUUCCUCCUUUCUGAUGCUUUGCCAGGCCUUAACUGCAGCUGUCUUCAGUUGAUGUUUGUUCGCGAGUCUUGCCUUUAGUCAUCUACUGUUGUCUUCCGUGGACGGCCAGGCCUUUUUAUGUCGCUGAGCUCACCAUUGCAUACUAUUUUUUCUCAGAAUCUACCAUACUGUCGAUCUGGCCACUCCUAAUGUUCUCGCUAUCUUUCUGAUGGAUUUGUUUUGUUUAUGAAGCCUAAUGAUGGCCUGUUUGACUUGCAUGGAGAGCUCCUUUGAAGGCAUGAUAUAAGUUCACAGCAACAGAUUCCAAGUGAAAAUACCACACUUAGAAUCAACUCCAGACCUGUUACCUGCUUAAUUGAUGAAGAAAUAAUGAAGGAAUAGCCUACACCUGUCCAUGAAACAGCUUUUUAUUCAACUGUCCGAUUACUUUUGGUCCCCUGUAAAAGGGGGCUGGCUACUCUCAAGAGCUGUAAUUCCUAAACCCUUCCUCCAAUUUGGAUUUAUAUACCCUCAAAUUAAAGCUGAGAGACUUUCAGCCCACUGUAAAUAUACAACUAUAGCCUGAAUAUGUUUUGGUAAAUACCAAAUACCAUAGAUCAUUCAUAAUAUUUGAAAAUAUCCUAAAUGAUUGUCACACACUCUGUAUACAGUUUUACACUAUGUUUAUUGCUUUCUUUGUUUGGCCACAUCAUUAUUACAAUUUUAUACAGACAUCCAUUAAAUCCAGCUCAGUAUGAGCUUGGAUAUUAUCUUACCCUAGAUAUCUGUAUAGAUUAUCUGUAUAGUUACACAAAAUUAUAGCAAUGAUGUCAUACCAGGUGACUGUGGAUCAGCAGAACAAACAUGGGGAUGUUAGGAAAAGAAAGAGGACAGAAUAAGACUUUUAUGACUAAAUCAUGUAUUUGCACUUUUUAUGAAAAUGUUUUCUUACAUCAGACUUUUUACGUCAGACUUACGUCAAACCAGCAAGAAUGUUAAACUGAACAUAGACAGCAUUUAAAAAUGUUAGACAUUAGAGUUAUAGUGACUGUCAGUAAAUUCAUUAUAUUUGUUUAUUGGUUAUUGAAUGUAAUUUUUAUUAAAUAUAAUAAACCCC